AUGCGCGAUGGGCUUCCGAAGAUUGCGGCGUCGACGUCGAUUUUGAUAGUUUCGUGGUUCGUUUUGUAUCAGGCUUGUCGAAGAUCGUCAACAAUCUAUUUUUUCGAGCUGGACACGACUUCUGUCAUAUUUAUGAGCAAAACAUUUGCAUUCAUAUUCCCAAUCGCGUUGUCUCUCGUUUUGUAUUUGGUGUAUCACGCGACGAAACGAAGCGGCGAUAUUCGACGCGAGCGAGAAGCCGCGCAGCAAGCCGAGAAAGAAUUGAGGGCAAUUCAAGCGUCUUCGUCGUUUAAUUCGAGAAAAGUUUCGAGGGAAACAAGCAGGCGGCCAUCGAUUUCGUUGGACGAUAAUAGCGAGCAACAGCAACGAAUUCGACGAUUAUUGUCGGAUAUUGAAGAACAAGACAUUGAGUCGACAAUUCGAAGUGUACGCAAACGUUUGGAAUCGGAAUCUGAAAUUGCAGAAUCGACUGAGGACAAAUCUUCGGAGAAGUCUGAUGAAGUAAGUGAUUCGCCACAACCAAAGCAGCGCUCGAGAUUUUGCGUGGAAAGUGUUGACGACGAUCGGAAGAUAAUUGCACCGCCAGACUCAAGCAUGAGCUCAACCCCUUUGGAACGAUCUCGAACGGAUUCGCGAGUGAGAAAUGAUCUUUUAUGCGCUGGAAGGAAAUUGUCAUCAAGCAAUUGGCUUUCGGCAAGUCAGCGUUCAAGCCGAAAAUCGUCGUAUUGUGGAACGCCGGCUGACAAAAAUAACAAGGUGGUCUGGUCUUGCUCAGAUGAACCCGAUGAUAAAUGCGAUAUUUACUCAAGACUUGGAGAUAUUGAUUUGUUUUCCUAUUCUUUGAGCAUUUUGAGUCUCGUUCCAGCUUCUCCUGACGGACCUCGUGUUUAUGUACAGCUGGGAUUGAUUGAUAUUCUCGCCGAAUUGAUUGCGAUUCAUGUGCCAACUUGGGCGUGCGUUUCUUGUAUCUACAUUUGGGUUUUGGAAUUGUUCAGCCAAUAUCUUUCGUUCUAUUUUUACUAUCAUGAAGAAACGAUGAUGUACGCCGCCAUGGUGAUUUCGAUAUUGUUCGGAAUAUACCACGAGGUUUGCGGAAAUUGGAUCACGAACGAUAUUUUGGCGUUCUCAUCGAUUUAUGUCGUGUGCUCGAGAGUUCAGGCUGUUAGCUAUCAAACUGCUGUUAUAUUUGUCAUCGGAAUGUCAAUUUUCGAUUUGUUCUUCUUCUACGUCAUUGAUAUGCUGAAAUGUGUGACGAAUGAAAACACGGCGCCUUUGCGCAUUUUGGUGCCGAGAGAUGGCAAUGGAAAUAAGCAAAGUGUGGCGACAUUGGAUAUCAUGAUUCCAGGCAUUUUUUUGAACGUCGUCUUGAAAUAUAGUUCAAUGUUCGACACCCAAUUGUUCUAUAUCACAUUCACUGCGGUCUUCUGCGCGCUGGUGAUUGAGAUGCUCUAUACGGUUUGGAGAUCGAAAACGACUCCAGGAAUGGUGCUUCCGACACUGGUCGCCAUCGGAUUCUCAACAGCAUUUGCGAAUCAUGCCGGUGAUUUGUGGAAGUUUAUGAUCAAACACUGA